CUCUGGGAGGUGGUGGAGCUGUUAAAGGAAAUUGGAGAGAGGCUGGGAAGAUGACAGUUCAGUUUUAGAUGAUGUUUACAGGAUUCUGGGACCUCAGAACUCUAAAAAGCCAGCCCACCGAGAGGUGUUUUCAAACGCAAGCUCCAAGGCUCCUCUGCUUUUACGCAUCCCCUCCCAUGGGGCUCUGGAAGUUUGUCCUGGGAAUCGCAAGGCUCUCCCAAGGUUCCUUUCUGUGUUUAUAUCAUUUAGCAGGGAAAGGAUUGUUAAUGACUAAUCUGCGUCCACGAGGCACGGAGCCAAGGCGGAGAAGUCGCUGCUGGUCAGAAGGCUGCCUGUGGUCACCCACGGCUUUCCCUAAAACCCCCUCCUCCUCACCCACUGUCUCCUGGCCCCACUCCAACGAGGCUUGGAUUCUGAACAUUUGUAGCAAAAUCCCUGGAAUUUGGAGGGGAAGACCGGACUCACGAUCUUCCUAGAGCCUUGGAUGUUCAUCUCCGACCUAAGACAAUCUGAGGAGAUAGAAGACAUAUUGGAAGGAAGAAAAGAAAACCUGAGCUAUAACUAAAAGUGAACACUGCUUCUCUUGGGUCCUUGGUUCAUUCUGGAUAUCUCAGGAUGAAACUUCAGGCACUUUGGGUGUUUUUUUGAAGAUCACCAUAAUAAAGGUCCAUUCUCAAAGAGAACAGUUUGGAUGGGAUCAAAAAUGAAUCUAAUCGAACACUCUCACUUACCUGCCACAGAUGAAUUUUCUCUUUCCGACAAUUUAUUUGGUGUACUAACAGAACAAGCAGUAGGUCCUCUUGGACAGAAUUUAGAUGUGGAACCAUAUUCACAAUACAACAGUGUUCAGUUUCCUCAAGUUCAACCACAGAUUUCCUCAUCAUCCUAUUACACCAACUUGGGUUUCUACCCUCAGCAGCCUGAAGAGUGGUACUCUCCUGGAAUAUAUGAACUCAGGCGAAUGCCAGCUGAGACUCUCUAUCAGGGAGAGAUCGAGGUAGCAGAGAUUCCUGUAGCAAAAAAGGCCCGAAUGGGUGCAUCAUCAGGGAGAAUAAAAGGGGAUGAGCUAUGCGUUGUUUGUGGAGACAGAGCAUCUGGAUACCAUUAUAACGCAUUGACCUGUGAGGGGUGCAAAGGUUUCUUCAGGAGAAGCAUUACCAAAAAUGCUGUGUACAAGUGUAAAAAUGGGGGCAACUGUGUGAUGGACAUGUACAUGCGAAGAAAGUGCCAAGAGUGUCGACUAAGAAAAUGCAAAGAGAUGGGAAUGUUGGCUGAAUGUAUGUAUACAGGCUUAUUAACUGAAAUUCAAUGUAAAUCUAAACGACUGAGAAAAAACGUGAAGCAGCAUGCGGAGCAGACCAUGAAUGAGGACAGCGAAGGACGUGACUUGCGUCAAGUGACCUCGACAACCAAGUGUGGCAGGGAGAAAACUGAACUCACCCCAGAUCAACAGAAUCUUCUACAUUAUAUUAUGGAUUCAUAUAGCAGACAGAGGAUGCCUCAGGAAAUAACAAAUAAAAUUUUAAAAGAAGAAUUCAAUGCAGAAGAAAAUUUUCUCAUUUUAACAGAAAUGGCUACCAGUCAUGUACAGAUUCUUGUAGAAUUCACAAAAAAGCUUCCAGGAUUUCAGACUUUGGACCACGAAGAUCAGAUUGCUUUGCUGAAAGGGUCUGCAGUUGAAGCUAUGUUCCUCCGUUCAGCUGAGAUCUUCAAUAAGAAACUUCCAGCUGGACAUGCUGAUCUAUUGGAAGAAAGAAUUCGGAAGAGUGGUAUCUCUGAUGAGUAUAUAACACCCAUGUUCAGUUUUUAUAAAAGUGUUGCAGAAUUGAAAAUGACUCAAGAAGAAUAUGCUCUGCUUACAGCAAUUGUUAUCCUUUCUCCAGACAGACAAUACAUAAAGGACAGAGAGGCAGUAGAGAAGCUUCAGGAACCCCUGCUUGACGUGCUACAAAAGUUGUGCAAGAUUCAUCAGCCUGAAAAUCCUCAACAUUUUGCCUGUCUCCUGGGUCGUCUGACUGAGCUGCGGACGUUCAAUCAUCACCAUGCUGAGAUGCUGAUGUCAUGGAGAGUGAAUGACCACAAAUUCACCCCACUGCUCUGUGAAAUCUGGGACGUGCAGUGAUGGGCAUUACAGUGGCGGGGUCUGGCUCUUGCUUUGCCUCAUAAUAUAAAUCAGAGGUAGAGCUUUCCUUUAUUUCAUUUGUACCUGGUUUCAGCUAAGAAUUUUAACGAAUAUUUAUGUAGUAAUUAUAUAACUUCCACAACUGUAAAUAGAGGCCUAGAUAGGAUUACUUUCUCUGCAUUCUCUACACUGUAUUUUACAAGGCUUCAGGGAAUCUCUUCUUCUAAUUGGCGUGCCCUGUUUGCCGACUUAAAUUGGUCACUUCAAUUCUAUCUGCUGAAAUAAGGAAAAAUCUCAUUUUGUUCUUCAUCUCACCUUAUUGCAUACAUAUUAUUAAAGAGUUGAGUUCAAUUUUGGCAAUAAACUGCACUUAACGGCA